AAUUGAAGCUAUUUGCUCAUUUCAAAGUGUAGAUUCCUAUGUAGAAGAACGAGCAAGAAACUCCAUAGGUUACUCUUUUUCAAUCAGCAUCCAAUUUAGUCCAGCAAUUUUACCAAACACAGACCUUUACCAAUCACCUAAAUAAAUCAACAUGGAUGCCGCAGAAAAAGUGAUUUUAAAAGCCCUAGAUUGUCAGAAAGGGACAAAAAGUGUGAUAGAUCGAGGUGACUCCACGGUCCAGCAGUUCUAUAAAGACAGCACUGUGUUCCUGACUGGAGCCUCAGGGUUCCUGGGCAAGCAGCUUGUCGAGAAACUCUUCAGGUCAUUCGUCUACAUGUCGACAGCAUACUCCCACGCUACCUACAGCAGGGGAGGGACAGAGAUCAUGGAGGAGUUCUACACUAGUCCCAUGUCACCUGAGCUGAUGAUUGAGCUGGCUGAGUCCUUGGAGGAGGAGCGGUUGAACCGGAUUAAAGAUGAACCGGCUGUUGUCCAGGACAUCAGAAUAGACUUCGUACCAGUGGACUACGUGAACAACACCGCAAUCGUAGCUGCGGCAGCUUCUAACAGAACCACCAAGAUCUAUCACGUCGCUACCAGCAAGAGGAAUCAUUUGACUUGGGGUGGUCUGACCAAUAUACUCAACAAUGUGGCUCGAAGGACUAUAGUAUCUCCGCACGCCAUAUGGUACUGCUUUGUGGUCCAAUCUCCUUUCUUGUGGCUGCACCAGCUCGUCAGCUUCCUCCUUCACACCAUACCUGCUAAUUUGGCUGAUGGUGCUUGUGUGAUCUUGAAGAAACCGCCCAGUGGUUGA